GCGCCGCGCCCCGCCCCCGCCGCCUCCCCUCCUGCCCGAGAGGCCGCGCGCUGGCCGAUCCCGCGCUGCCCGGCGGGAGGGGCCCGAGCCCGCGUGCCUCCUCCCUUUACCGGUCCCCAUCCUUAAAGCACGAGUCCGGACGCCCCGCCUGUUGGGAUCCAGACGGCAAGCAGCCGGGUCGGGCCGCGGUCGACCGACCGAGCCAAGGGGCCUGAGGUGACAGAGCUGCUGCGGCGGCUGGCACGCGGGCGUUGCCGGCCCGGUUUGCGGGAGCUGUUGAGGGGAGGGGGCCCGGACGCCAUUGCUGACGGUCUCUGGUUGCUGUCCUCCGGGCUGGAAGGAGCCGCGCUCGGGGCCCCGACGUUCGUCAGCCCCUGACUCAGUCUAGAGAGUGUCGGGCUUCCUCGAGCCGCCGGUCCGCAACACAGUCCGCGCCGGGGAGCCGCCUCCUGAAACCAUGUUUGACAAGACGCGGCUGCCGUACGUGGCCCUCGAUGUGCUCUGCGUGGUGCUGGCUUCCAUGCCUAUGGCUGUUCUAAAUUUGGGCCAAAUAUAUCCAUUUCAGAGAGGCUUUUUCUGUACAGACAACAGCAUCAACUAUCCGUACCAUGACAGUACCGUCACAAGCACUAUCCUCAUCAUACUGGGGCUUGGCUUACCCAUUGCCUCUAUGAUUCUUGGAGAAACCCUGUCUGUUUACUUUAACCUUUUGCACUCAAAUUCCUUCAUUAGGAAUAACUACAUAGCCACUAUUUACAAAGCCAUUGGAACAUUUUUAUUUGGUGCAGCUGCUAGCCAGUCCCUGACUGACAUUGCCAAAUAUUCCAUAGGCAGGCUGCGGCCUCACUUCUUGGAUGUUUGUGACCCUGAUUGGUCACAGAUCAACUGCAGUCAUGGCUACAUCGAAAACUACAUAUGUCGAGGGAAUGCGCAGAAAGUUAAGGAAGGCAGGCUGUCCUUCUACUCUGGCCACUCUUCGUUCUCCAUGUACUGCAUGCUGUUCGUGGCGCUUUAUCUUCAAGCCAGGAUGAAGGGAGACUGGGCAAGACUCCUCCGCCCCACACUGCAGUUUGGUCUUGUUGCUGUGUCCAUUUACGUGGGCCUCUCUCGAGUUUCUGACUACAAACACCACUGGAGCGACGUGCUGACCGGCCUCGUUCAAGGCGCGCUGGUGGCGGUCCUGGUGGCCGUAUACGUGUCGGAUUUCUUCAAAAAGAAAAACUCUCCUUUUAAAGAAAGAAAAGAGGAGGAUUCGCACACGACUCUGCACGAAACGCCCACAGCGGGGAAUCACUACCGGAACAGCCACCAGCCGUGAGGAGCGGCCCGCACGGAGCCG